GCAGUAAGUUUAGUGACACAGGUCAUGUAGCUGUCGUUGCUGCAGCAGCAUCAGCCUGGAUACUGACUAACUGCUGGACAUGGAGCACUUUAUCCAUCAAUAAACCAUCACCAAAGACAAUCAUGGAGGAGAGCGUUGAUGUAAAGGCUCUGAGGGCCAGGUUCAACAGCAAGACCAGCACCUCGGACACCAACAGCAGCCGGGACAGCGGCUCACCGAAGUCUCCACGACCUGGAAAUGUAAGACUGACGCUGCCGGGGAUCGCACCCACAGUUCCUCCUCCUUUGGCCGGCCUGGGCCCGGCAAGGCCUCCGAGGGCAGAACCAUUGGCAGCACCCAUCCCCUCCAGACCUGCUUCCUUCCCUCGGCCGCCUCCCAGUUCGGUGGUCAGAGCACCCAUUCAGCCAGACUUCAGUAACGUCAAGCAGAAAGGGGAGAUGCUGCAGAACAUGAUGCUGAGGCACCAAAAGCCUCCAGCCACCAAUCCGCCUCCAGCUCAGGCUCCAGCUCAGGCUCCAGCUCCAGCUCCAGCUCCCACCUGUAGCCCUCUUCCACUCCAACAGAAGCCCCGACAAAAGAGCUCAGGGGACGUGACCCCUCUGAGGAGGCCCCUGCCGCCUGAAGGACCCCUACCUCUGAAACCCAAACGGCCUCCCUAUGUCAACCUGGAGCUCUUCAAGAGGACCAGGCAAGGACCAGCCCUCCCUGCCCCGAGGAAUAGCAACGGUUCACCAGCCUCAUCAGACAGAAAGCCGUCCUUACCAGCACCGAUUACUCCUCCAAAUCUUCCAAUACGAUCCAACAAACCCUACGGACUGCCACACCAGAUCGCCUCCAUGGACAUUGAGGAUGAACAGGACCCCUAUGAUGAUAUUGCAAGCUUUGAUAAAAAUGAUUCCCACAGCGACAACGGUUCGCAGGGUUUGGAUGAGGAUGGAGAUGAUGUGUACGAGUUUAUUGAUGAGGACCAGGUGGAGGUGAACAGAGCGACAGCUGAGAAGAAGAACAAGAAAGAAGCAAAGAAGCAACAGGAGCAGGAGAAGAAAGAGCAGAUGGAACGCCAGAAAAAACAGAAUGAGCUGAAGAAGAACUUUCAGUUGCAAGGUGAGAUCGAAGUUCUUCACACAGCCAGAGUCCGGCAUGACUGGCGUGGAGGAGGAAAACUGGACCUCAGCGUUCGACAAGGAGACAGUGUGGAGAUCCUCCGUGUGAAGAAUAACCCAGGAGGCAAAUGGUUGGCUCGCUCUCUGAAUGGAAACUAUGGAUACAUAAGUAACACGUGUGUGGAUAUUGAUUAUGAGGCAGUGAAACGCAAAGUGCUGCAGUCCAGAAUGUCCGACAUGUCAGCGUUACCUCCUCCACCUCCUGACCCCCCAAUGAUGUUAAAUGUGCAGCCCAACAACAGAGACAGCAUGCUUGAAGACGAUGAUGACUACGAUGAUGUUGAAGCAAUGAGUGAGGAAUUCCCGCCACCACCACCAGAAAUCAGCAUCAAUCCCAGAGUGGAGAAGGAGCUCAGAAAAAAAUUUAAGUAUGAAGGGUCACUCAGGGUGCUGCACACCAUGAUGGUGGAUCCUAACAGCGUCAUAAAGAAACCAGGAGCAAAAGACCUGCAAGUUGUUCAUGGAGAAAUCCUGGACGUCAUCCAGCUCACCAACAGCAAGAAAGCUCUGUGUCGCAACCAGUAUGGAAAAUAUGGUUACGUGUCCAGAUCUCUUCUUCUUCCAAUGGAAGGAGAUAUUUAUGAUGAUGUUGACUAUCCAGGCGAUGUCUACGAUAACGACUCUCCACACUGAUUUUUAAAACAUGUCAAACUAAACACACACACUCACACAGUAGCAGGGAGAAACAAACUAGAAAAAAAACUAUGAAGUUAAGCUGUAUUCAAACUAAACCCGGAUGUUACAAACUGAAUGCCAAGUGAAGACGGAGAACCUUUUGGAUACAAAUGUUUUAUGUGAUUUUACAAACUGCAUGCAAAUGAAGAAAUCUCACAAACUCACUGAUUUAUUUUGUCGAUUUUUUUGUGCUGUACAGAGGAAACAAACAGGAUUUCUAUCCACCUCUCAGACAAACAAACUAAGCAUUGUUAGAGCUCAAACUAAUUAUAGCUGUACAAAACUGAACAUGAAAGCAGAACAUGGAGAGAUCCAUGUGAAGACACACACAGUCCUGUUCACCGGUUCUGAGACGUUACACUGAUUUCCUGCAGACUUUACCUAAACCUGAAUUCUUGACCCUACAGUUUAGUCAUGCUUUGGACAACAUGGCCGUGUAUAUAAAUUAAUGUCUCCACAAAAUGAAACAUACAGAUGCACACACACCCACAUAUAGAAGAGAAUAACAUUGUCACCACUGUACUGUUUGUCAAACUGCUUGUGUAAAAAUAAAUACACUAUCACUGUUGCUUUGUGUAUUUCUCAGGCUCAGAGAUUAUUUAAAAUAAAAAUAUUUUUUUCUGAUUA